AUGCCUAUACAUAUAUCACUAAAGAAAGCAUUAGAUAUGUUCUUGUUGUUGCUGGUGCCUGCUCUUGUUUAUAUUUGCUAUGUUGAUAUUAUUACAUGUCAUUACGAGCUCACAAACGUGGCAUACUCGAAACCAGUCACCCUGAGUUCUCUUUUCGACAACGAUUCGCGUUACAUAGGUUCCAAAGUCGUCAAUGGCCUAUUUUCUGACCUUACUGCUACCACAGCAGAGAGAUCCCCAUGGUUGAGAAUUGAUCUUGGUGCCAGAUUUGAAAUAAAUGAAAUUGAAGUAUUUGCAAGAGCAGAUUGUUGUGUCAAUCAGCUACAUGAUGUUGACUUUAAAGUUGGAGGGAGCAUUCACCAUAUGUAUCGAUGUGGCCAUUACACGGGACCUACUACUGCAAAAGGUCAGAGAAUCGCCGUCUUCUGUCCUCGCAACACCAUAGGGCGAUAUGUACAGAUACAGAUAACGAAAGGACCUUCAAAUUAUUUGACUCCUGCUGAGGUCCUCGUUUGGGGUGUAAAAGUAAACUGAAAACAAAAACCUCAAUAAAAUGAAUGC